UGAAGCUAUUUCGCCUCGUUCGACUAAUUAUUCACUGUUAAAAGCGAAUAAAAGAAAAUAAACGAAGUCACCACUAUGAAAGGAUUAUUCUUUAUUUUCAUUUCAUCUCUCGUGUUUACAAUGAUAUGGGGUGACCAUGACGAUGAUCACGACCAUGAUUUUAUAGAAUAUAUAGAAGAGUACUGCGAUGUGGUCGAUUUUAAUUGUUUUCACUCUUGUUUUCGAGUUGCCAUUGGUGAAAAGAAUACCGAAAUCUUUGGAGAAUGUCUUUUGGAAAUAACUGAUGCAGAAACACCGCAUGACAUACAAGAGUUUCUCUGUAAAAAUGCUACAGUAGAGGAGAUAGAAGUAUUCGAUGAUUGUUUACACAGUGACAUAGAAAAAGCAAUAAUAUAUGAUGAUGGAUUUUAUAUUUGCAUCCUAUUCGACUUCUUUAAUCUGUUUUAUCCAGAAUUGUUCUGUGACAGAAUUUCCAGCUAAAUUUCGAAUGUAUGCACGAAUACGUGUGAAAUUCUUCUUUAAAUUCAAGAUACCAGUAGACCCCCCUAUAACAGUGUUGAUAAUUCCGUUUUAUAUGAAUUCCAUGUUGUACGAGUCACUUAGAUUUUACAAAUACGUGAGCCGUUCACA